UCUUCUCCAGCUGUAUGGUCUCAACUGUGUAGCAAAGUGUGGAUUUCAAAAACAAGGAUGUACAAGCUGUGGACAACUGUGAACGUGUUCAUGGUGUCCCUUCUGCAUCUGCUGCAAGGUUAUGGUUCUGUAAAGAGAGCAUCACUUUCUGCACUGGAAUGGUCAGAGCAGCAGAUCAGGAAAGCUGCCAGUCUGGAAGAACUCCUUCGGAUUACCCACUCUGAGGACUGGAAGCUGUGGAAGUGCCGUCUAAAACUCAAGAGCGUGGCCACCCUGGACUCCAGAUCUGCAUCGCAUCGCUCCACGAGAUUCGCUGCAGCUUUUUAUGAUAUAGAGAUACUCAAAGUUAUAGAUGAGGAGUGGCAGAGAACUCAGUGUGUGCCAAGGGAGACCUGCGUAGAAGUUGCAAAGGAGCUGGGAACCACCACCAACAAAUUCUUCAAGCCUCCUUGUGUGAACGUCUACAGAUGUGGCGGCUGCUGCAAUGAAGAGAGCCUGAGCUGCAUGAACACCAGUACAUCUUAUGUUUCCAAAAUGCUUUUUGAAAUUUCAGUACCUUUAACAAAUGUGCCUGACCCAAUUCAAGUAAAAAUUGCAAACCACACAGAUUGUAAGUGUAUAUCAAAUGGUCAGCAUCAACCAUAUUCCAUCAUAAGAAGAUCUGUCCCGUAUUCAGAGGAGGAUCGUUGUUCUCAUUUAAAAAAACUGUGUCACAAUGGCUGGAUAUGGGACAUCAAUAAAUGUGAAUGUGUUCAAAAUGAGGAUCAUCCUAGCAGAAGAGAAGGACUUCCUCCACUUGCUGAACUUGCUAUGUGUGCACCAAAUAUGGACUUUGAUGAAGAGAACUGUGAGUGCGUCUGUAAAUGGAAGUGCACUGGCAAUUUAUUUCAGAACAAAGAGAAUUGCAGCUGUUAUUUGUGCACAGAGAAUCAGGACAGCUGCUUUCAGAAACAUAAGACAUUUAAUGCAGAAACAUGCAGUUGUGAAGACAAAUGCCCAUUCCAGGCCAGAACGUGCCCAACUGCUAGGCCAGCGUGUUCAAGGCACUGUCGCUGUCUCAGGGGGGGAAGAGGCCACCAUGGGUCCCAAAGCAAAGAAAACCCUUGAUCAAGCUUUCAUUACCCUUGCACAAAACAUGCACUCUCUGCUUUGCAAAGUAGGUGUCUUCUGCCACAAGUUAUUCAUCUGUAAUAGCCAUGGGAUAUGAGUGACAUUACUAGUGAAAAAAAAUCAAAUUGGUAUUCAUUAUGAAGAGGAUGAAUGGGUGUGCAAGGACAUUACCAUCUGGCUUCAGAUGUCUGCUGCAACAGAUUAUCCUUGUUCUGCAAAGGGUCACUAAAAGGACCUAUAUCCAUCACAGCUGACAGGGAAGAAACUGAUAUGCUUGUUGCCGGAGGACAGUCAACAUCCAGCAUUUUGAAAAUGCAAAAGAAAAUAGUUCUACAUCGAUGUUAUUGAGCAUAUUUCUUUAGAGCAGGGGUCCCUAACCUUUUUGAGCCUGUGGGCAUCUUUGGAAUUCUGCCACAGGGUGGUGGGUGCAACCACAAAAUGGCUGCUGCAGGAGGCGAAGCCAACCACCAAAUAUCAGGGAGUGAGGGUAUGCACAACUCUUAAUAGUAACUCCUCAACAUUUCAGGCAGAAGCUGUGUUUAACAGGAUGCCUUUUAAAGUGAACAUAUCAUUUAAAACUAUUUUCUUGAAUACACACAGUUUCCCUUCAGUCGCACGCUGAAGAUCCUUGGUGCUGUGGGGGCAACUGCUGCCAAAGCAAUGUUUUUAAAAGUCUGCACAGCCAAAUGGAAGUCCUGCUGGACAAAAGCCCUGCCCACUUCCUAAAAACACUUGGUGGGCCCCGGGAAAGGUGUUUGUGGGCACCACGGUGCCCUCAUGCAUCAUGUUAGGAACCCCUGCUUUAGAGCAAACUUCCAUCGCUUGUAUCCAUCAUAUGUUCAGCACUGAAUUAGUUGAUCUACUGUCCAUUUUUAUUAUUUAGAUUUAUUGUAGAACUACUGUCUGAUAAUGUUCCAUAUUUAAAAUGUAUAUAGGAAAAUAAAUGCAUUGGGUUAUUAAUAAAUGUAUAUUGCCAUAUGUCACUUGACAUAAAAUCUUAAUCUCAGAGAAACUACAGUAAGGUUUUUAGUGUUCACCCCUUCCAUAAACAUGAAGC